AUGGCGACGCCCACGUAUGACGCAGCAUCCCUUUUCAGCGUACAUGGCCUCGUUGCGGUUAUUUCUGGCGGAGGCUCUGGCCUAGGCGCCGUUACUGCUCAUGCCUUGGCGGCGAAUGGUGCUCGGGCCGUCUACAUCCUUGGUCGGCGGGAAGAGUCGCUUCUCAGCGCGAAGCAAAAGUCUCCCAAGCCAGAUGUGAUUCACCCCAUUGUCUGCGACGUCACUUCCAAGGAUAGCCUGGCUGCUGCCGCCGAUCGUGUCCGCACGGAAAUGGGUUACGUCAAUGUGGUUUUCGCCAACAGCGGUAUCAGCAAGGCUAUCACCGGUCCUCUCGACCACUUUGCCGACAUUCCUAGCCUCCAGCAGAAGCUGUGGAGCCCAGAUAUGGCCGAGUUUACAGAGACGAUGCAUGUCAACGUCACCGGCGCUUUCUUCACGGCCAUUGCCUUUCUGGACCUGUUGGACGAGGCUAACAAGCGGAGCGACGUGUCCGAAGCGUCCCAAAUCGUCAUCACCUCCUCUGCCGCGAGUUUCGCUCGCCAGCUGUUUUCCGGCUUCUCAUACAGCGCCAGCAAAGCAGCUGUAACGCACAUGACCAAGCAGCUGGCGACCACAUUGGCCAAGUACCGAAUUCGCGUCAAUGCCAUUGCUCCCGGCUUCUUUCCUAGUGAAAUGACGCAAAACCUGCCCUUUAUGAACUCGGACAAGGGAGACCCUCGUAAGGCCGGUGCGCUAGACGGGGACUUGGUACCCCUGACGAGGGUUGGGAGCGAAGAGGACUAUGCUGGCGUCGUUUUAUUCCUGACAAGCAAAGCCGGAGGGUACGUGGAUGGUGCCAUCAUACUCAUUGAUGGAGGGCGAAUGGGUUUGAUCCCCAAUAGCUACUGA